GACAGGAGGCGCCGUUUGCCGACAUUCUUCGUUCUCGUCCAGCAUCUGCAGCACGACAUGAUUCUGUGGGUCCUCUUGGUUGCGGUCGGACUCAGCGGGGGCAUAGGUGGAAGCCCCGCUGUGACCGUCCCCAUUGAUGUCGCAUCAGAGAAUUCAAAGAAGCCAAUUGUGGUGGUUGAUGUCGAGGAGGGGAUCGAGGUGGUGAUGGAGACCGGAGAGCUAAACCCCAAUCACUACCCUGCUCAGAGGGCAGCUAAGGUGGUCCAGCAUUAUCUGAAUACCCAACACGGCUCACCAUACAAAGUCUUUGGACUAGGGAAGGUCUUCAAGGCCUAUGCGGAGGAUGUGCCUGGCUCUGGGAGAAAGUACCAGCUGGAGCUCUCCGUGGAGGAAAUAAUUCAUAAACAAAUCAAAAUCAAAACCUCGGCAGAGGUUAUCUUCCCUCGAGAGCAGAGCCAGCCUCCGCCGCAAGUGGGCGUUUCAUCAAACGAGGACUUCUUGAAAAUCAACACCAGCGUUCAAGAGGAGGCCUUUUACCAGCAACACAAAACCAAUCAAAGCCUAUUUGCGCAAAACCUGCCUGACAGUUACGGUCACAUUGAGCCGGAGCACGUGCCUAUCUGGCACCUCGGCAUGGUCGUGUCCAGCUUCGUCAUGCUCAACCAAUCCACUGAAGACACUUUGUACAACAUGGCUCAAGUAGCCAACGUCACGCAGACGGCACGUGACGAAGACCUGCUGGAGUUCGAAUAUGACGUACUGUUGCAUGAAAUGGUGUCACAGGAUAUCAUUGCGUGGAAGGUGCUGGCCACCUGGUCUCCACCAGAGGGAGUUAAAAUACUGAAGAUGGAGAAGAGAGACUACGUGGUAAACAACCUCAAAACGACACUGUUGUAAACGGAACAUGAGGCUGCUAAGGCGCAUGAACAAAACAGUAUAUUAAGAAAAAAAGCAUUUCCACAGA